GGGUCGGCGCCGUUUCCAGUUGAGAGAUGGCGGCCGCCGCAGGUAGAUCGCUCAUGCUGCUCCUCUCCUCUCGGGGCGGCGGCGGCGGGGGCGCCGGCGGCUGCGGGGCGCUGACUGCCGGCUGCUUCCCUGGGCUGGGCGUCAGCUGCCACCGGCAGCAGCAGCACCACCGGACGGUACACCAGAGGAUCGCUUCCUGGCAGAAUUUGGGAGCUGUUUAUUGCAGUACUGUUGUGCCCUCUGAUGAUGUUACAGUGGUUUAUCAAAAUGGGUUACCUGUGAUAUCUGUGAGGCUACCAUCCCGGCGUGAACGCUGUCAGUUCACACUCAAGCCUAUCUCUGACUCUGUUGGUGUAUUUUUACGACAACUGCAAGAAGAGGAUCGGGGAAUUGACAGAGUUGCUAUCUAUUCACCAGAUGGUGUUCGCGUUGCUGCUUCAACAGGAAUAGACCUCCUCCUCCUUGAUGACUUUAAGCUGGUCAUUAAUGACUUAACAUAUCACGUACGACCACCAAAAAGAGACCUGUUAAGUCACGAAAAUGCAGCAACGCUGAAUGAUGUAAAGACAUUGGUCCAGCAGCUAUACACCACACUGUGCAUUGAGCAGCACCAGUUAAACAAGGAAAGGGAGCUUAUUGAAAGACUAGAGGAUCUCAAAGAGCAGCUGGCUCCCCUGGAAAAGGUACGAAUUGAGAUUAGCAGAAAAGCUGAGAAGAGGACCACUUUGGUGCUAUGGGGUGGCCUUGCCUACAUGGCCACACAGUUUGGCAUUUUGGCCCGGCUUACCUGGUGGGAAUAUUCCUGGGACAUCAUGGAGCCAGUAACAUACUUCAUCACUUAUGGAAGUGCCAUGGCAAUGUAUGCAUAUUUUGUAAUGACACGCCAGGAGUAUGUUUAUCCAGAAGCCAGAGACAGACAAUACUUAUUAUUUUUCCAUAAAGGAGCCAAAAAGUCACGUUUUGACCUAGAGAAAUACAAUCAACUCAAGGAUGCAAUUGCUCAGGUAAGUUUUACAAAAAUUAAAAUAAAUCCCAGCCCCAUCUUGCAUGGUUAUUAUAAUUAUCCACAGCCACGGUUCUUCAAAUGAGUAAACUGAAAGAAUGUUCCAACCCUCUUCUUCCUGUAUAAAUUAUUCCUCAGUUGAUUACGGUAACUAUUUUAGGCAUGGACAUUUCUCUAGAAAGUUUUAUAAAAAGCAAGUGAGAAGAUGGUGUGUCCGCUCCAUCCUGUUAACACCAGCACAUUGACAUUUUUAGGCCUACUUUUACUUUUUUUUUCUUUUCAUUUUAUUUCUUUGUAGUUGUCUGUUUCUACUUUUCCCUCUGCUUUUUGAUUAUUUCUAUAAUAAUUGAUCUAAGAUUUUUCACAUAAAUGUGUGGUAGCAGUGGGGAAAAGUAAAACCCAGGUAAGAGGGAAAGACUGCUAGAGAUCUUUGCCAGGGACAGGUUAGAGAUUAUUAAACUAGAAGAUGCUUGGAAAAGAUUGAUAUAUUUUAUUUUUCAUAAAAGCUACCUCUUAUGUGCCUCCCUCACUCUGUUAUCUUUGAUUUUGGUGAAUAAACCCUCAUUCCUUUUCUGUGUAGUCUUUGUGACUUUAGAGAUUUUUCAGCAAUCUCUAGAAGCUUUUCCAUCCUCUUUAAUGUUUAGUUGCUCUUCUCUGCCUUUCCUGUCUCUUCUUGAUGAUAGGGUUGUGCUUUGAAUAGGCUUAAUCCAUCUUCCUGCUUUGGCCUAAGUGGAGUUCUGUCUUCCUUUGCUAUGUACGGUGAUUCUAAACUGGAAGGAAUACAUCAGAAUCAUGCUUGGAGCUGUUGAAAGUACAGAUGCUUCAGUCUCACCCUAGGCUUGCUCGUUAGUCCAACUCCUCCUGGGUGAAGUCCAAGCAUGUGUGAGUUUUGAAAGUACUACAGUUGACUACACACGCUGUUCUAAAAUUCACUGGCUAAGUAAAAACUUAAACAGAUACUGGAUAAAUAACUAAAAUCUUGAGUAGCAUAAAGUUCUGGCUGUUAGCCCUUGUGAAAGGGCUUCUCAAUGGAGAAACACCAUCAAGAUGUAUGUCUCAGAUGCUCCUUACAUUCUUAGCCUCUGAGUCCUACCCUGUUGAUAGCACUGCUUUUUCUGGAGGCUUUGUUGAGGGCUGAAACUGCCAAGGACAGCACACAUUUUGGAUUCACCCUUUGUUGUCCUAUGCCGUGAGUUAAAAUGCUUUGUGUUUCAAGGCACUCUUAUUUUGAGAGUUAUUGAGAUGAUCUCUCUGACUUAUAGUAAUGGAGAACAGUUUCAUUUUCUUGGUAGACAGUAAUAUCAUUGAAAGCUUCACUAGCCAGUUUUCUCACCUUUUCUUUCUAUUUUAGGCAGAAAUGGACCUUAAGAGACUGAGAGACCCAUUACAAGUACAUCUGCCUCUCCGACAAAUUGGUGAAAAAGAUUGAUCUGCAAAAAGCCUCUGAAUCCUGGCAGAAGGAACACCUGUUUGCCUUUUUAAUUAAAGCAUUGCAGGUGGAAGCUGGGAGCCAUGUGGGGGGUUUAAUUAUAAAACAAAAACAGAAAGGAUCUGAGGGAAGAAGGGAAUGUUAAAAACUGAGGAUCAGGCAUUGUGGAAUAUAAGCUCAAAGGGCUUAGUGAAUAUUGUCUUAACCAAGUAUCUCAGUUUCUGGAUGAAAAUGAUGCAGUUAUAUAGUUGAGAGAUUCAUAAAGAGAAAACAAUGCUGGGGGUGUUCGUUUCUUGCAUCUUCUUUGCAGAGUCAGCAAAAGAGUAACACACCAGCACCCCACUCGACUCUAUUUGUUUUUAAUUUAACUGUCCCUAUUUUUGACAUAGGAGUAAAUAAAUAUACCAGAAAAGCAAAUUCUCAUGAUAUGCUAAAAUAUCAUUAGCAUUUAUUUUAAAUUGGACCCAGUCUCUGCAGAGUUACCAGGAAUCUCUCCCUCCUGCAUCCCUUUACUGACCACCUACCUGUACCUCUUGGCUACACUCAUUUUUUCCAUUUGAUAAUUGGAACCAACUUACAACUGUUUAAUAAUUGAUACUUUAGAUUAUCUCUUAAUACCUUCUUAAAUGUCUAUAUAUCCCAGUGCUCUGGAUCAGUGUCUAAAAAUCAUUGGCAACGCUGCAUGAGGUUGUUGGUUUUGUUUUGUUUUGUUUUAUUAAUUAGUCUUUCAUAGGAGGAAAAAUUGCCCUCCUUUAUAUACUUAUCUAUUGAUAAUCCCCUCUCCCUCCACAACACAAAUCAGAGGGAAGGGGGGUGUUCAGCUGUACUACCAAAUCAGGAAGAUGUAAGGUUUACAAAUUGGCUAAAAAUCAUGGCUCUGUAGCCAUUUCAACCAGAAUAAUUUUAUUGCUAAUCUGCUUUGUGUGACAGCAUUCCAGGCCAGCCAGAUGGCACUGCCUUGUCUGGAGGCUUUGUUCAUCUCGAAGGACACACACUUCCACACUGUUUGUGAGCCCUCCCACCUCCACAACUUCAGUUGUAAAUCCAGUGUGUGGAUCUCAAAGGGUGCAAUUUAUCUUUAUAUAGGAAUACAUUUCUAGGGCUUCCUUCAGCCCACUCUCUUCACCCUAUUUUUUCUUAUCUUAAAUUGAGAGAAAGAGAAUUAAUCUUACACUUUGUCAAAACAUUUUCUACCAUAUUUCCAGAUGACAUCUGCGCUUGAAGAGUCAAAGGAAUCUGUGUCUAAUAUCCUGUUUUUAACUGCUGUAGGGGCAGGAUGGAAAGGAUGAUGGGGGCUGCCACACCACUGAUUGGCCUUUUCUUUCACGUGAUUCAUCCUUCCUCAUUGUGGCAAGGACUUUUUCUCUUUUUCUUCCUCCUUUGGGAUCAUUGUGUAUGAAAAGAAAAACUUUAAAUGACAAACCCAGACUCCAGGUGCCUUGCAAAGGUUGAAGGCCAGCCAGGAUUGCUGCUGCUGCUACUCCUGCCACCACCCCUUUCAUUGGCAUGAUGGAAUGAAAGGAUGCAUGUCUCCACUUCCUGACCCUCCGCCCACUUCCUUCUCCCUCCACCACCCUCAGUCGUCAGCUCCUUCCCUCAUUUAUUUUUGUUAAGUUGUGUGAAUUAUUUUUAAACCAUUUAUCCUGUUUAUGCAUAGGGUUUUUAAGAAGAAACAGCAGAGUGCAAUGAGCAAAUCUUUUCGGGGUGUGUGGGAAGCAAGGGAGGGAGGACAUGGAGAAAAGUUCUUUAAACAAAUAGCAAACUAUUGAACAUGUGUAAAAUCCUGUAUCAUUUAUGAAAUAUGUAUAAAAAGCAAUGUACCUUCUGGAACAAUAAAUACUUAUUCAAUUUUUGAA